ACGAUUCUUCAAUAUCCCCUUAUUCCAGCUUUAAUUCGUGUCCUCUAGAGACUCAAUUCAAUUCAAUUCAAUUCAAUUCAAUUUUUCAACUAAAGCAAAGAAUACACUCUGUUUUUGAAUAAUUUUAUUAGUUUCUCGAUAAAGAAAAGGAAAAAAGGAAAAAGAUUGAAACUUUAUUUGAUUCUUUGUUGAUCAAAAGUUUCUUGAAUGAAGUUCUGAUUGUAACUCAAGAUGGGUUCUGAUUUUCAUGUGCACUUGUUCCUCAAUUUCAGUUUCCAUAAAGAAAGUUCAUAUAUGGUUUUGUGGGUUAAAGAUAUCUCGAGGGUGGAAAUCCGAUAUGAGUAGAUCAAGUCGACGGUUUGGAAAGAUCUUGCAGUGUUUGUGCUCUGGUGGCGAACAAUCACGGACCGCAAAUGAGAUGAUCCCUUCAUCAGAAUCAGUAGCGACCAACGGUUCUUCUUCACAAGUGGUCUCUUCACAAGUGGUUGGUGAACACGAUAAGAAACCGGAUACUGGUAGUAUCGAAGAAGCAGAAUUAUCGCUUCGUGAAAGUGGCUCCAUCAAUUACGAGGAAGCAAGAGCAUUGUUAGGAAGAUAUGAGUAUCAAAAGGGAAACAUAGAAGCCGCUCUUCACGUAUUCGAAGGAAUCGAUAUAUCUUCAGUUACUCCGAAGAUCAAAAUUAGUCUCGCUAAAACAGGGGAGACUCGCAAAAGACGUUCACAUAAUUACACCAGUCCGCCAUUAUCAGCGCACGCUCUAAGUUUACUUCUUGAAGCAAUUUACUUAAAGUCGAAAUCGUUGCAAAUUCUUGGGCGGUAUAAAGUCCUAUCUGUAUCAACUCUUAAAUCCCCAAGUAAUUUUGCAGAAGCUGCUAAAUCAUGCAAAGUCAUACUCAACAUUGUCGAAUCGUCUUUUCCCGAAGGCUUACCCGAAAACUUCGGUGCCGACGGUAAGUUACAGGAAACGUUAAACAACGCGGUUGAGUUGCUUCCCGAGUUAUGGCAACUCGCCGAGUCACCCCAGGAAGCAAUCUCGUCAUUCAGAGGGGCCCUACUCCGUAACUGGAACCUUAACGAAAAAACAACAGCGAAAAUCGAAAAAGAUUUUGCGGUUUUUCUUCUUUAUAGCGGAAGCAAAGAGGCGGCCCCACCUAAUCUACGAUCCCAAAUGGAUACUUCGUUUGUACCGAGAAAUAACGUCGAAGAAGCUAUUCUACUUCUAAUGAUCUUACUAAAAAAAGUUCAUUUAAAGAAAAUCGAGUGGGACCCAUCUGUGAUUGAUCAUCUUAUUUACGCAUUGUCGAUUUGUAACGGGCUCGGGCCUCUCAGUAAGCAAUUGGAAGAACUGCUUCCGUCGGUUAUCGACAAGAAAGAACGAGGUCUCCUUCUAUCUCUUUGUUGCUAUGGACAAGGUGACGGUUUAUCCGCGUUAACGUUAUUGAAAAAUAUAUAUAAAUACGACGAUCCAGAUUGUGUGUCGGCUUUACUAAUGGCAUCGAAAAUUUGUGGAGAGACUCCCGAUUUUGUAGAAGAAGGUGCGCUUCUCGCUAAGAGAGUGGUUAACGUUUCGGAAAAUAAGUGUGAUGAAAUAGCGGGCGUUGCGUAUUCUUUAUUGGGAAUUUCGCUUUCGGGCCAGUCUAAAAUGGGUUUGACCGAUUCGGAAAGGGUCAAACUCCAAUCGGAAGCGAUUCAGUCUUUAGAGACUGCAAAUCGGUUGACCGAAAUGAAAGAUUCGAGGAUUGUUUACGAUCUUUGUUUAGAAUAUGCUGACCAGAGGAAAUUGGACUCGGCUCUCGGUCAGGCAAAACAUUUGAUUAAACUGGAAUCCGGGUCCCGCAUUGAAAGUUGGUUGCUAUUGACUAGAAUAUUAUCGGGUCAGAAACGGUUUUUGGAUGGUGAAGUAAUUAUUAAUGCUGCGUUAGAACAAACGGGAAAAUGGGAUCAGGGAGAAUUGUUGAGAACGAAAGCGAAGUUACAAAUCGCACAGGGUCGGUUAAAGAAUGCGAUCGAGACGUAUACGCAACUUCUUGCGGUUCUUCAAGUUCAGAAUAAAAGUUUUCCGACACAAAAGAAGAAUCUUGAGGUUGGUGGAAAACAUUAUAGAAAUUUGGAAGUAGAAACAUGGCAUGAUUUAGCUAUGGUGUAUAUAAGUUUAUCGCAAUGGCGCGAUGUCGAAGCUUGUCUUUCAAGAUCCGAGGCCAUCAAUUACCAUUCGUCUUCGCGUUGGCGCAUCAAUGGUUUGUUGUAUGAAGCAAAAGGUCUCGAUAAAGAAGCUUUAAAAGCAUAUGAAAUUGCUCUAGACAUCGACCCUGGUCAUGUGCAAAGUCUUGUUUCCAUGGCCAUGGUUUUAAGACGGCUCGGUGGCAGGUCUGGACCAGCGAUCAGAAGUUUCUUGAGCGAAGCAUUGCGGUUAGACCGGAUGAACUCGUGGGCUUGGUAUAAUCUGGGCCAGUUUUACAAAGAUGAGGGCCCGAUGUUCAUAAAGGAAGCUGUGGACUGUUUCGAGGCUGCGAGUAUACUUAAGGAAACGGAACCCAUUGAGCCAUUUAGAUGACGGUAACUUGUGUGUCGAUGUAAGUAUAUACAACGGGUUUAACUUCAGAAAAAUAAUUGAAUUUGUUACGCCAAAUGUUAUAUUACAGGAGAUAAAAUGAUAUCUAAUUGCCUUUUUGUUAUCA